AUGCCCAAAGAAAAGAACUACAACCCCGUGCAAGCCCAGCGCAAGGCUGACAAGGCUCGCGAGAUCAAAAAGGGAAAGGCCGAAGCGCAAAGCCGUCGCAAUGAAAAGCUGGCGCGCAAGAACCCGGAACGCAUCCAGAAGCAGAUCGACGACCUCAAGGCCGUGGUCGCCAAGGGCGGGAAGCUGACGCGCCACGAGGAGCAGGUCCUCGAGGGCCUGGAAAAAGAGCUCCAGCUGGUGCGCAAGGCCAGGGACGCGCUGGGGGACAAGGCGCCCAGCUUUGGCGGUCGCCCCUGGGAUGGGUCGAGGCCUGGGGCGCUGGGCAAGCGGAGGCGUGGCGACGACGACGGUUCGAGCAGCGACGAAGACGUCCCCGAGGAUGUGAAGAGGAUACCAAUGCCGAGAGACACGCCGCCGCCGAUACCAAAGGCCGAGAUGGACAAGUGGUACGCGAAGCGAAGGGCAAAGCGGGAAGCCGAAAAUGCGGCCAGGCGGCGCGAAACGGGCGACGACGAGGCACGUGAUGGCGAAAACAAGACCAAAGACGCGACGGGAGAUAGGGGACAGAGAAAUGCGCCGCCAGUGGAACCCAAAACGGUCUACGAGGCAAAGCCGGUGGUGAGAGAUCUCAGGAAAGAGGCCGUAUCGGCCUUUGUGCCCACGUCGGUGCAGCUGAAGAUGAGCAAGGGCAAAGGAAAGGGCGGGCUGAUGGAGCCGGAGGAGGCAGAUCGGCUCGAGAAGGAGGGAUACCUGAAGACGGCUGGAGGAGCACAAGGGGAUGCAGACGCCCAAGUGGCUUCUCAUCAUGUCAUGAUGGAGGAGGUGGAAGACGAGGAGGCAUGA